AUGGUAGAGAAUGGCUUGAAAAUGGGUAGAAUCUUGAGUCAGGCGGCCAUAAAGGCGACCUCCCAAGCCAUCCAAGGCGGGUCCGGAGGAAUGGCAAGAGGGAAGAAAAAGGAAAAGACGUCUAUGGCAGCGUCAGAAGUAAGAGAAUAUCGUAAUCCCAGGCCCCGUUUUCUAGAAAAAACCCCGCAACAUUACUACCCCCACCAGAAUGUGGCCUAUGCUCCUCAACCUUACAUGGUCAUGAAUGCUCAACCUUACGGCCGACCACCGCAACAAGCCAACCGUAGCCAAGCUCCACCUCCCAGAAAUCAGCCUCCUUACCGAAACCACUAUAAUCCACAACUACCCCAGAAUAACUUCCGUCCUCAAGAACCACCCAGAAUACAAACUUUCACACCCAUUGGUGAACCGUAUUCUACCCUAUUCCCAAAGCUGGUCCAAAUGGGUUUCCUGCAACCAGUCCCUCAGACAAGGCAAAAUCCAGCAUCACCUGCUUACAGAGCCGGUGUCAGGUGUGCUUAUCAUUCGGGAGCAGAAGGGCAUGAUACCAAUAAUUGUUGGACUUUAAAAAGGGCGGUAGAGAACUUGAUAGAGCAGGGAAAGAUAGUAUUAAGGGACUAG